UUGUGGUUUCUUCGUCUCCCUUCCUUUUCCAUUUCCUUACCGUUCUACCACUUCCACUUUUCGAAGAACCGUCGUAAAAGAAUAAUUUUUCCGAAUUUUUCUUGUAUUUCCUCAUGAACUUGCAUUUUUCAUUGUUCGGCGUUCAUUUAUAAUCCUUAUUCUGUGAUAUUUAUAAACUAAACUAGUCGUGUCAGUUGGUGUUUGGUCCGGUUUCGGUCUUUUUGGUGGUCAAUUGUGAAUUUGACAUUCGGUAUUCUACCUAAAAAAAUGUUCCAUUCGUCUUUCAGAUUCUGCAUCUAAAUUCGCUAGAUUAUUGACUAAUAAAAAAACAAUAAAUUUGUUGUCAGGCUGUCUCGACAAAUAGUCAUAGUGGAGAAGAUGGCAGAUUCUGCUAGUGAAUCGGACUCGAGCAGCAUAGAUGGGGGCCCCAUCAUGAUGCCGCCAAGCCCGGUCACUAGAGAACAACUGCAAAAGCGCAUAGAGAGUCUUCAACAGCAGAAUAGAGUACUCAAAUGUGAGCUAGAGACAUACAAGCUGAGGGUGAAAGCUUUACAGGAAGAAAAUAGAGAUUUGCGUAAAGCAUCUGUAAUAAUACAAGCUAAAGCGGAACAAGAAGAAGAGUUCAUCUCCAACACUCUCCUGAAGAAGAUCCAAGCGCUCAAGAAAGAAAAGGAAUCUCUCGCGCACCACUAUGAGCGGGAAGAAGAGUGCCUCACCAACGAUCUGUCCAGGAAGCUGACGCAGCUACGCCAGGAGAAGUGCCGGCUCGAGCAGACGCUGGAGCAGGAGCAGGAGUGCCUCGUCAAUCGGCUGAUGAGGAAGAUCGAGAAGCUGGAGGCGGAGACGCUCGCAAAGCAGAGCAACCUCGAACAACUCAGACGAGAGAAGGUCGAACUGGAGAACACGCUGGAACAAGAGCAAGAGGCGCUGGUCAACAAGCUGUGGAAGCGCAUGGACAAGCUCGAGGCCGAGAAGCGCAUGUUGCAAAUCAAGCUGGACCAGCCUGUUUCCGAUCCGGCCAGUCCGCGCGAGAUCAGCAACGGCGACGCCGCCUCCAAUCUGAGCGCGCACAUCCAGACGCUCAGAUCGGAGGUGGCUCGGCUGCGCUCGAGUCUGGCCGUCAGCCAGCAGGAGCAUUCGCAGAAGAUGCAGCGGUACGUGCAGGAGGAGCGCAACAUCAAGGAGGAGAAUUUGAGGCUUCAGCGGAAAUUGCAAUUGGAAGUAGAGAGACGCGAGGCAUUGUGUCGCCAUCUCUCUGAAAGCGAAAGUUCCUUAGAAAUGGAAGAAGAGAGACACUACAAUGAACAAGUUUUGGGCGUUAGGCAGCAUACCGUUUCUCCGGUCCCCGUUUAUAAUCCCUCUCCGAGUCACAGCAGACCUUUGAGCCCAGGUCUGUCGACGAUCCAAGUUCCUUCGCCGCGCGACUCGCUGGUCGCCUGCCCGCCGCGCUGCCACUCGUGCGGCCAGAUCCUCACGGCGGCCGCGUGUGCCUCUGCGGCCGCCCUGCACGCGGCGGGGGGCGGCACGGGCAGUCCGCCCGCCCCUCACCGCCGCCCUUCGGAGCGGUUCGUCAAGCCGGCCGUGCCGGCGCCGCAGCAGCCGGCCAGUCCGAUGGACACGUCGGGCAACAAGGACUGAGGAAGGUAUACAGCAUGGGAGCUUAUUUUCAAGGAAGAAACUUGUAUUUUGAAAUAAAUAAAACCACCACUGUUGAA